AUGAGGAUUCAUUUGUACGUUUUGUGGGUUUUCGCCAUCCGCCUCUCAGUAGGAGCAGAUAUCUACAUUGAUCGAAAGGGUCAGGAUAAUAAUCCUGGGACAGUUGAAAAGCCCGUAAGAAGUUUCAAAAAAGGACAGGAGCUUGUUCGUGAACUUAUUCCGUCAGCGAAAGAGGAUAUCACGGUCCACCUUGGCUCAGGUACUUGGGCGGUCGAUGAGCCUAUUGUAUUCAACACUGAAGACUCCGGUACCAGUAGAUGUACGGUUACCUGGUCUGGCUCGGACACCGUCAUUUCCGGAGGCUAUGAAAUCCGUAAUUGGACGGAAGGCAAGGACGGAAUAUGGUCUGCUUCUGUGCCCGAGGGAACCAAGUCCCGCAAUUUUUACGUCAACGGGCUGGCUGCUCAGUAUGCUAGACGCCAGAUCCAUAGCCGGACGGACUUCGAGUACAAUAAAGUCGGAAUGACCUGGAACAGCUCGAGUUACGAUUGGAUCAUGAGGGUCCCGGGCAUUGAGAGCGGCGAGCUUCGUGCUAUCAACUCUUUUACCGAUCGGAUUGCGCUGGUAGAAAAGGUUGGAGAUCGUGUGCUUGAGAUGAAGAAAGAUAUAUGGGCCAACCAACUCAUUGGCUAUGAUCAGAUCGCAGAGCCGUUCUGGGAUGGAGGCGUCUGGAUCCAAAACGUCAGAGCCCUGCUGACUGAUGGAGGUCAAUUCUAUCUUGACAGAAAUCAGUCGACUGUCUAUUACAAGCCAUUAGAAGGCGAAGAUAUGACCACAGCAUCUGCCUAUCUCGGAACCCAGGAGGUUCUGAUGGUCGUUGGCGGAACGUACGGAGAGCCUAUUCACGACUUGCAUUUCAAGGGAAUUGCCUUUAAGCACAGCACCUGGUUGAGACCGGAUACCUAUGGCUAUAUCGAUCAGCAGACUGGUGGUCAUAUGGGAAAUGAUAGUCUGUGGCCCAACUUUGAAGCUUCGAGGCCCCACUGGUGGCAGAUGCCCAGCGCGAUCCAGGUCAGUGCGGCAUACAGCAUCAAAGUAGAGUCUUGUACUUUCCGUGAGCUCGGCGCUGGAGGUAUCGGUGUGGCAAAUGAUCAAAACUCACACUUCACGGGCGUUGGACUUGGAGCAAACAACAUUCGUAUUAAUGACAACUAUUUCACGCAGGUGAUGGGUAACAGCAUCACAGUUGGCGGUAUCCAAGCCGACGCACAUCACCCGUCUCAGCCUGAGAUGAUUGUGUCAGACAUUCACGUGUCCAACAACAUCUUUAAUAAUAAUUCGGUUCUCUGGUCCUCUACUGUCCCUAUUCUUUUUACAUAUACUCAAUCCUCUUCUAUCACCCAUAACGAUAUUUACAACCACCCAUAUAGCGGUAUUUGUCAUGGUUAUGGCUGGGGAAGCAAUGACAAAGGAGGUAGUCCUGAAUAUGUCAAGCGGGGUCUUUACAAUUACCAACCGCUCUACAAUACGCCCACUACCAUGAAGAAUAAUUUGAUUGAGGGAAAUCUAAUCCACCAUUUUGGUCAAACUCAUACUGAUUUUGGGGGCGUCUACACCUUAUCUCGGUCACCAAACACGACGGUUUCGUCCAACUUCAUCUAUGACGCAGGUUGGCAAGCCCUAUACCCUGAUGAGGCCUCAAGAAAUAUAACCUGGUUCAACAAUCUCGGCUUCAGCUCUGGCAAAUAUUAUGCUCCUAAUGAUUGGAUUCCAGAGCAGCUCACCGGCUGGCCAGGGAACACUGUCAUUGAUAACUGGGGCAAGCUUGGGGUCGGGGGCAAUGAGGUCCUGGAUGGCUUCCCAAACCAUUCCGGACGACGCAACAACACGUUUCUCCGUAACUACCUAGCGUCUCAUUCAGCGAUGGACUUGUCGCUCUCAACGUGA